CUGCAAGCUCCGUGAGUGCCAAGCAGUGAAUUAUGGGCUGGGUAGCCACCAGUGCAUCAUGAAGAUUGACUUUAUUUUUGCCCUCUUGAAGUUCACGUGCUUUAUGAAUUCACUCUCUCUUCUAUCUCACUGCCAUCUCCGUCAAUAUUGUCACCAGUUCUAGAAAAGAAGAAUUUUAGGCUUGGGCUUUAGCUCUCCCUUUCCUUCCUCCUGGAACACCAGUGUCACCUUUGUUCUACCAAAACAAAUUACUGUAGGUAAUUUUGCCCUUCAGAGAAGUACACCAUCUGGAGAAGUCACUUCAUAUACCCUAUACUUCUGAGAUAAAAGCCUCUGGUUCCUAAGGAUAAUUGAGAUCUUUCCUUGGGAGGAGACACUUCCUCUUGGUCACUUUCCACUUACUCUCCUGUUCUCUGUCACUCCGUCUGCUCUUCUCUUCCUUUUGGAUUUAACAUUUGGUGUUGACUGCUGGGGUUCUCCUCCCAGUAGUGUGGCUUCUUUUUUUCUCCUAGGGAAGAGCAGAUUCUUGAAACAAUGGGCUUCACUCUGCAUUCUAUCUACUUCACCUUGAAGGUGAGUUUGCUGCUGGGCUCCUUGCUGGGUCUCUGUUUGGGUCUGGAGUUCAUGGGCAUCCCCAACCAGUGGGCCCGCUACCUCCGCUGGGAUGCCAGCACUAGGAGCGAACUCAGCUUCCAGUUCAAGACCAAUGUCUCUGCUGGGCUGCUUCUCUAUUUUGAUGAUGGUGGUGUCUGUGACUUCCUCUGUGUGUCCCUGGUUGAUGGGCGCAUCCAGCUGCAGUUCAGUGUGGACUGUGCGGAGACGACAGUUACCACAGACAAGCAGGUGAACGACAGCAGCUGGCACUUCCUGAUGGUCAGCCGCAACCGCCUGCGGACGGUGCUGGUGCUGGAUGGCGAGGCCAAGCCGGGGGAGGUGCGUCCGCAACGCCAGUACAUGAACAUCGUCAGUGACCUCUUCAUUGGGGGAGUCCCACUGGACAUUCGUCCUGCUGCCUUGACUCUUGAUGGUGUUCUGAGUGAGCCUCCAUUUCAAGGAUUUAUCCUGGAUCUUAAAUAUGGCAAUUCUGAGCCCCAGCUCCUGGGCAGUCAAGGGGUCCGACUGGAAAUGGAAGGACUUUGCUCAGAAAACCCCUGUGAAAAUGGUGGCACUUGCUUCCUUCUGGAUGGCGAGCCACACUGUGACUGCUCAGCCACUGGAUAUGCUGGCAAGCUGUGUUCUGAAGCGCGAGAUGAGAACAUGGCCACUUUCCGUGGCUCCGAGUACCUUUGCUAUGACCUGUCGCAAAACCCCAUCCAGAGCAGCAGCGAUGAGAUCACACUCUCCUUCAAGACGUGGCAACGCAACGGGCUCAUCCUGCACACGGGCAAGUCGGCUGACUACGUCAACCUGGCCCUGAAGGACGGUGCGGUCUCCUUGGUCAUCAACCUGGGGUCUGGGGCCUUUGAGGCCAUUGUGGAGCCGGUCAAUGGCAAGUUCAAUGACAACGCGUGGCACGACGUUAAGGUGACGCGCAACCUGCGGCAGGUGACAAUCUCUGUGGAUGGCAUCCUUACCACCACGGGCUACACACAGGAGGACUACACCAUGCUGGGCUCAGACGACUUCUUUUACGUGGGAGGGAGCCCCAGUACUGCUGAUUUACCUGGGUCUCCAGUAAGCAAUAACUUCAUGGGCUGCCUCAAAGAGGUUGUUUAUAAGAAUAAUGACAUUCGUCUGGAGCUGUCUCGCUUGGCACGGAUUGGUGAUACUAAGAUGAAGAUCUAUGGGGAAGUGAAAUUUGUAUGUGAAAAUGUGGCUACACUGGAUCCCAUCAGCUUCGAGACACCUGAGGCCUAUAUUAGUCUGCCUAAAUGGAACACCAAGAGGAUGGGCUCCAUCUCAUUUGAUUUCCGAACCACUGAACCCAAUGGACUGAUCCUUUUCACCCACGGCAAGCCUCAGGAGAGGAAAGAUACCAGAAGCCAGAAAAAUACAAAGGUAGACUUUUUUGCAGUUGAGCUUCUAGAUGGAAACCUCUACUUACUGCUGGACAUGGGCUCUGGGACCAUUAAAGUCAAGGCCACCCAGAAGAAAGCCAAUGAUGGAGAGUGGUAUCAUGUGGAUAUUCAACGAGAUGGAAGAUCGGGUACAAUAUCAGUGAACAGCCGUCGCACCCCUUUCACCGCUAGUGGGGAGAGUGAGAUCCUGGAUCUGGAAGGUGACAUGUACCUGGGUGGGCUGCCAGAGAACCGGGCAGGGCUCAUCCUUCCCACAGAGCUCUGGACAGCAAUGCUGAACUAUGGCUAUGUCGGCUGCAUCCGAGACCUGUUCAUUGACGGACGAAGCAAGAACAUCCGGCAGCUGGCAGAGGCGCAGAAUGCCGCCGGAGUCAAGUCCUCCUGCUCCCGCCUCAGCACCAAGCAGUGUGACAGCUACCCCUGUAAGAACAAUGCAGUCUGCAAGGAUGGCUGGAACCGCUUCAUUUGUGACUGCACUGGCACUGGCUACUGGGGUAGAACAUGUGAGCGAGAGGCCUCUAUCUUGAGCUAUGAUGGCAGCAUGUACAUGAAGAUCAUCAUGCCAAUGGUUAUGCACACAGAGGCAGAGGAUGUGUCUUUCCGUUUCAUGUCCCAGCGUGCUUAUGGGCUGCUGAUGGCCACCACCUCCCGGGACUCUGCUGACACUCUGCGCCUGGAGCUGGAUGGAGGCCGGGUCAAACUCAUGGUCAAUUUAGACUGUAUCAGGAUAAACUGUAACGCCAGCAAGGGACCUGAAACUCUUUAUGCUGGGCAGAAACUCAAUGACAAUGAGUGGCACACUGUCCGGGUGGUGCGGCGAGGAAAGAGCCUCAAGCUGAUCGUGGAUGAUGAUGUUGCUGAGGGCACAAUGGUUGGUGAUCAUACCCGCUUGGAGUUCCACAACAUCGAGACAGGGAUCAUGACAGAGAAGCGGUACAUCUCUGUCAUCCCCUCCAGCUUCAUCGGGCACCUGCAGAGCCUCAUGUUCAACGGGAUGCUCUACAUCGACCUGUGCAAGAACGGCGACAUUGACUACUGCGAGCUGAAGGCGCGCUUUGGUCUCCGCAACAUUAUAGCUGACCCUGUGACAUUCAAGACUAAGAGCAGCUACUUGAGCUUGGCCACCUUGCAGGCUUAUACAUCCAUGCACCUCUUCUUUCAGUUCAAGACCACCUCAGCUGAUGGUUUCAUCCUCUUUAACAGUGGCGAUGGCAAUGACUUUAUCGCAGUUGAACUAGUCAAGGGGUAUAUACACUAUGUGUUUGACCUUGGAAAUGGACCUAAUGUUAUCAAAGGCAACAGUGAUCGUCCUCUGAAUGACAACCAGUGGCACAAUGUUGUCAUUACCAGAGAUAACAGUAACACACACAGCUUAAAAGUGGACACUAAGGUGGUCACUCAGGUUAUCAACGGUGCCAAAAAUCUGGAUCUUAAAGGUGAUCUCUACAUUGCUGGCCUAGCUCAAGGCAUGUACAGCAACCUCCCGAAGCUUGUGGCCUCUCGUGAUGGAUUUCAGGGCUGUCUGGCAUCCGUAGACCUGAAUGGGCGUCUGCCUGACCUUAUCAACGAUGCUCUGCACCGCAGUGGGCAGAUUGAGCGUGGAUGUGAAGGACCGAGCACUACCUGCCAGGAAGAUUCCUGUGCGAACCAGGGCAUCUGUAAUCAGCAAUGGGAAGGCUUCACCUGUGAUUGCUCCAUGACUUCAUAUUCUGGGAGCCAGUGUAAUGAUCCUGGUGCCACAUAUAUCUUUGGGAAGAGUGGAGGUCUCAUCCUGUACACCUGGCCAGCUAAUGACAGACCAAGCACAAGGACAGACCGUCUUGCUGUGGGCUUCAGCACCACAGUGAAGGAUGGCAUUCUCGUCCGCAUUGACAGCGCCCCUGGGCUCGGUGAUUUUCUGCAGCUGCACAUAGAGCAAGGCAAGAUUGGUGUAGUCUUCAAUAUUGGCACAGUGGACAUUUCUAUUAAAGAGGAAAGCACACCUGUAAAUGAUGGCAAAUAUCACGUGGUACGCUUUACCAGGAAUGGUGGCAAUGCAACACUUCAGGUUGACAGCUGGCCAGUGAAUGAACACUACCCCACAGGCAACACUGAUAGUGAACGGUUCCAAAUGGUAAAACAGAAAAUCCCCUUCAAAUAUAACCGGCCUGUAGAGGAGUGGCUGCAGGAAAAAGGACGACAGUUAACGAUCUUCAACACCCAGGCGCAAAUAGCCAUAGGAGGGAAGGACAGAGGGCGUCUCUUCCAAGGCCAGCUCUCCGGGCUCUAUUACAAUGGCCUGAAAGUGCUGAACAUGGCGGCAGAGAACAACCCCAACAUUAAAAUCAAUGGAAGCGUCCGACUCGUUGGGGAAGUCCCUUCCGUCUUGGGAACGACACCCACAACAUCGGUGCCACCGGAAAUGUCGACUACAGUCAUGGAAACCACAACCACGAUGGCAACCACUACCACCCGAAAAAAUCGUUCACCACCCAGCAUCCAGACAACAGAUGACAUCGUUUCAUCAGCUGAAUGUUCCAGUGAUGAUGAAGAUUUCAUUGACUGUGAGCCCAGUACAGGUAAGUCAGGAGGUGAAUUAGUUAUCCCUCUACUUGUAGAAGACCCUUUAGAUAUCCCUCCUAUUGCUACUCGUGCACCUUUCAUUACACUUCCCCCUACCUUUCGCCCCCUCCUCACCAUUAUUGAGACCACCAAAGAUUCCCUGUCCAUGACCUCUGAGGCGGGGUUACCUUGCUUGUCGGACCAAGGCAGCGAUGGUUGUGAUGAUGAUGGCUUGGUGAUAUCUGGGUAUGGCUCAGGGGAAACCUUUGACUCUAACCUACCCCCUACUGAUGAUGAAGAUUUUUACACCACCUUCUCCUUGGUAACAGAUAAGAGUCUUUCCACUUCAAUCUUCGAAGGUGGCUACAAAGCACACGCACCCAAGUGGGAAUCCAAGGACUUUAGACCUAACAAAGUCUCCGAAACUGGUAGGACUACUACCACGUCUUUGUCCCCUGAGCUGAUCCGCUCCACAGCUUCGUCCUCGACUGUGAUGAUUCCCAAAUUGCCAGCCGGCAAAAUGAAUAACCGUGAGCUCAAACCCCAGCCUGACAUAGUCUUGCUUCCGUUGCCCACUGCCUAUGAGCUAGACAGCACAAAGCUGAAGAGCCCGCUAAUCACUUCCCCCAUGUUCCGUAAUGUGCCCACAGCAAACCCCACGGAGCCGGGAAUCAGACGGGUUCCGGGGGCCUCAGAGGUGGUCCGUGAGUCGAGCAGCACAACGGGGAUGGUCGUCGGCAUUGUGGCUGCUGCCGCCCUCUGCAUCCUCAUCCUCCUGUACGCCAUGUACAAGUACAGGAACAGGGACGAGGGGUCCUAUCAGGUGGACGAGACGCGGAACUACAUCAGCAACUCAGCCCAGAGCAACGGCACGCUCGUGAAGGAGAAGCAGCAGAGCUCAAAGAGCGGCCACAAGAAGCAGAAAAACAAGGACAAAGAGUAUUAUGUGUAAAAAAGAAUAAUUAUUUAUAUAUAAAUAUAGAAAUACUUAAUGAGAUUUAACUGAGAUAUCAGAACCAUUGCAGCGAACGAGAUGAUUGGGAGAUAUCGUUUGUGGGAAAAAGUAUUGGGAAAAAAUUACAGCAGUGACUGUUAAUGUCUAAGUCCUCACUUGGAGUCAGCAAACUUUGCCCUAAUGUAUUAUAAAGCACACUUAGCGUUCUGGAGAUGGCGCGCACAGCUCUGCUCUGUUAGUGAACUUGGACAUCUCCAAAUCUCCUCCUCCGCUGAACUUUCUGCAAAGGUAGAAGACUUCAUGGCUUACUUGUUUCAUAUCUCCAAGUGAGUCUUUAACAAUGUUCGUGAUCCCUGACUGUAUCAAUAAUUUUUCAGUUUACUUAUUUAAAAAAAAAAAAAAAAGAAGGAAAAAGAAAAAAAUAUAAACAUUAUUAAACAACAAAGAUAUAUUGAACAAACUGAUCUGGCCGUGUCCAGCAUACACAUAACUUUUCGAGAUUGGAGGAGGGGAAUAAAUGAGUUUGGAGAUUGUUGGUUUUCUGGUUUGAUUUUGUUUUGUUUCUUGGGUUGCUUUUUGUUUGAUUUCUUUGGUUACUUUGGGUGAGGGAGGGAAGAGUGGAGUGGAAUGAUGUGGGGGGUGACCCAGGACAUGAGAAGAGAUCUCGGAAAAAAAAUCCAUAAUAAAUAAAGAGAGACUAUUACCGUAUAUGAAUUCUAAAGCUACCCAUGGUGUUUACUCUGCAUAUCUGGUUGUAUUGUCUCUAGAAUCCGUCAUCUUGUAGUAAGUUGUUUGCUAACAACGCAGUGAAAGUGUCUGAUGAGUGGUGCUGAGGAAAACUGUAAUGGAAAGCUGGUUCUCUUGGAUCUGGCUCCAGUAUUUGCAAUUGAAGAGCAGAUGGGUUUGGGUCUGUUCUGAUCAGUCAUUGGCUUUAUUUGAGUAUAGCACUCGGUAUGCAUUUGACAACCAAAGUAUGGUUAACAGGAUUUGGAGAUUCAAAAAAGAAUGCUUAAAAGUUAUUACCUGUUCUGAACUGAAUAUACUGUGCAAAAGUAAAGGAGCCUUCCUCUGGGAUCUGGUUCUGUGACAUUGCAAUGCAUGCAAAAAAUAAUAAUAAAUCAGUUUAAUAAAGUGAUCAGAAAGACA